AGCAGAGGCAGCACUAUGCUGGGCCCCCACCUCCCACCCCCACCCCUGGGGAGUAGACCCAGCGAAGGCAGGCCUGCCCCCUGCGCCUUCCGGAUCCCUGAUGGGAGCUACAGGUGUCUGGCCUUGGAAGCUGAGGAGAGCAGUGGUGAGGAGGGCCUGCAGGGAGAGGCAGGGCCCGUGGACAUGGAGGAGGACAAGACAGCCAGCAGGAGUGGGGACAACUCCGCCUGCAGAACCACCCAAGGGGCACCAGAGUUGCCCAAAGCCCUGGGCAUCCAGCCACCCAGCUGCUCCAAGGAGGCACGGAGGGGGCCCCAGCAUGCCGACAGGGCCGGCCAGGACUGGGACUUGGUGAAGGCCCGGCAGGUGAUAACAGCCAGUCCCAGCCCCAGCCCCAGCUCCGGGCCCAGGAUUCCUCAGAAACCAGCACUGGGCCGGAGCACCAGCCUCACUGAGAAGGACCUGAAGGAGGCCAAGGCGAGGAGCCAGCAGAUCGCAGCCCAGCUGACCACCCCUCCCAGCUCCAACUCCCGAGGUGUCCAGCUCUUCAACAGGCGCCGGCAGAGGGUAAACGAGUUCACCUUGGAGAGCCACGGCCAGAGGGGACCAAAGCCCAGCCAGGAGUCCCUCAGGGUGCCCCCUGCCAGCCCCACGGGCCAUGCCCCAGAGCUCCGCCUGAACCCCACCUCACCCCCCGAGCCAGGCCCUCCCAGGAGCCCCGACGGCCAGAGCCUUGCCGCAGGGGCCCCUGGUCGCAGCAUGGAGGGGUGCUCAGAGGAAGCCAGCUUGCUGCGGCACCUAGAGAAGGUGGCCAGUGAGGAGGAAGAGGUGCCACUGGUGGUGUAUUUAAAGGAGAACGCCGCCCUGCUGACGGCCAAUGGGCUCCACCUGUCCCAGAACCGAGAAACCCAGAAGAGCCCACCGACACCGCCUCCAGCCGAGACCCACAGCCCAGCUGCCGAUAUCAACCAGAACUUUGCCUCGCCCAGCGCCGCACUCGUCACACCCCCAUCUACUAGCAACCACAACCUGCCAGCCACCGAUGUCAACCAGAACCCGCCAGCCACUGUCACCCCCCAGAGCCUGCCGCUUUCCAACGUCUCACAGAAUUCUCCAGAGGCACAACUCCCACCAAAUGACACCGUGCCAGAUUCCAAACCCAGCACCCUGUGUGCUGGUGGGCAGCCCCAGGAGCUGGCUGCAGAGGUGAGGUCCAGCGCCCUCCUGAUUGAUAAGGUCUCACCUCCAUCUACCGCCACCAGCGCCUUCCCCAGAGAAGCCGCUCCCAUCUCCGGCUCCGGGCCCCCAGCCAUGGAUUUCAUGUCUAGCUCCCUGCUCAUCGAUGUCCAGCCCAGCGCCACAGCGGUGCCAGCAGAACAAGAGACGCUCGGGCGGGCAGCGGCCACCACACCUACCAAGUUAUACAGCGAGGUCCACCUCACGCUGGCCAAGCCCCCCUCCGUGGUCAACAGGACGGCCAGGCCCUUUGGGGUCCAGGCACCAGGGAGCACUGGCCAGAUGGAGCAGAGCCCCAUGGUAGAGAGACGGCACCUGGGGGGGAAGGCCCCAGCUCCCCAGUCCUCCGGCAUGGCCGACAGGAGCCCUCGGCCACAGAGGCACGUAAUGUCUCACAGUCCCAUGGUGGAGAGGAGGCCCAUGGCACAGCGAAGCCCAGCCUUGGAGAGACGCCCCUUUGGGAACUUCACCCCACCCCCCACUUAUGCCGAGACCUUGUCCACAGCUCCCCCGGCUUCCCGGGUUAGGUCUCCCCCCUCCUACUCCGCCCUGUACCCCAGCUCUGACCCCAAGCCUUCCCAUCUGAAGGGCCAGGGGACUCCCGCCAGCAAGACAGGGAUUUUGGAGGAGUCUAUGGCCCGGAGGGGCAGCCGGAAAUCCAUGUUCACCUUCGUGGAGAAGCCCAAGGUGACUCCGAAUCCAGACCUGCUGGACCUGGUGCAGACGGCUGAUGAGAAGCGGAGGCAGAGGGACCAGGGGGAGGCUGGCGCGGAGGAGGAGCCCUUCGCGCUGGGGGCCGAGGCCUCCAACUUCCAGCAGGAGCCGGCACCCAGGGACAGGGACAGCCCCACUGGAGCCGAGAACGUCCUCCCGGAGUGGGCCUCAUGCCUCAAGUCCCCGCGCAUCCAGGCCAAGCCGAAGCCCAAACCCAACCAGAACCUGUCUGAGGCCUCGGGGAAAGGGGCCGAGCUCUAUGCCCGCCGCCAGUCCCGCAUGGAGAAGUACGUCAUCGAGUCCUCGGGCCCCACCGAGCUGGCCCGCUGCCCUUCGCCCACCAUGUCCCUGCCCUCCUCCUGGAAGUACUCCUCCGGCAGCCUCCGGGUGGCGUCCCGAAGCCCAGCGCGGACCCCUCCUGCCUCCCUCUACCACGGCUACCUGCCUGAGAACGGGGUCCUGCGCCCGGAGCCCACCAAGCAGUCGCAGCCGCCGUACCAACUGAGGCCCUCCCUUUUCGUCCUGUCUCCCGUCAAGGAGCCCGCCAAGGCCUCGCCUAGAGCCGCCUCGCCGGUCAAGCCGAGCUCCCUGGACCUGGUGCCCAGCCUGCCCAAGGCGACCCUCCCUCGGUCACCUGCCCUGCCUCGGCCCUCCCGCCCCUCGCCAGGCCUCUACACAGCCCCCGGCCAGGACGGCCUCCAGCCCGCCGCCGUGAGCCCUACCUACGGCAGCGACAUCUCCCCCGUGUCUCCCUCCAGGGCCUGGUCUCCCCGGGCCAAGCAGGCCCCGAGGCCCUCCUUCUCCACCCGGAACGUCGGGAUCGAGGCUCAGGACCGCCGCGAGAGCCUGCCCACCUCCCCACCCUGGACGCCAGGCGCGUCCCGGCCCCCCAGCAGCCUGGACGGCUGGGUGAGCCCGCGGCCGUGGGAGCCCGGCCGCGGGAGCAGCAUGAGCAGCCCCCCGCCACUGCCGCCGCCGCCACCCAUGUCUCCUUCGUGGAGCGAGCGCUCGGUAUCCCCGCAACGAUCUGAGACCGAGGUGCGGCCCCCCAGCCGCCAGCUGCAGGCUCUCCUGGCGCGAAACAUAAUUAACGCGGCCCGGCGCAAGAGCGCCUCCCCGCGGCCGGCGGGUGCAGAGAGCCUGCGGCCCUUUUCCCCGCCCAGGGCGCCCCCGCCGCCGCCGCCGCGCAUGCGCUCGCCGCAGCCUGCCCGCCCCGGCCCGGCAGCCACCCCUGGGGCCACGUUCGCCCCGAUCCAGCGGGGUCCGCUGCUGGCUGGGCCGUCGCCCUGUGCCAGCCCCCGCAGCCCGCUUCCCGCACCGUCCAGGCCCUUCCCCUAUCGCCGCUCACCCACGGACUCGGACGUGUCCCUCGACUCCGAGGACUCCGGGGCGAAGUCGCCCGGCAUCCUCGGCUACAACAUCUGCCCCCGCGGGUGGAACGGGAGCCUGAGGCUCAAGCGUGGCAGCCUCCCCGCCGAGGCCUCCUGCACCACCUAAAACCUCCCCCGCCCCCAACGCAUCCUCCACCACGGGAGGGCCCAGCCGGAAAGAAGAGUCCUCAAACUUCGGAUACUUCAGCACCAUGUCCCCAAGGGGUCUGGCUUUUUUGGACAGCCCUAGAAAUAAGGGGCCAGGAAGGAGAGCUCUGGGCUUGAGGGUGGGGUACUGACAGAGCCCCAACUCUAUCAUUCGGCCCUUGUGUGAACCUGGGCAAGACCCUUCCUUGACCCUCAGCUUUCCCACCUGCUUAAUGGGACUUUGGCCGAAGCAAUCUCCAAGCUUCUAAAUGCCCCUCCCAUCAGUACACACACACGCCUUGGAGAAGGCAGGGUGUUGUAUAUCUGAACUCCUGUACUUGCUGCAUCCAGGGUUCCACACUCCUCCCUCCCUUCCUGGCUCUGCUCUCUGGAGUCUGGCAAAUGAGGGGUGUGUUCAAAAGAUCCUAGGCCUAAGUUCCCUGCCCAGGUCCCGGCCUGACCGUCUGCCUUCCUGGCUCCAAGUCCCAAGCAGUAGCAGCUGUUUUCCAUCCCUGCCCAGACAAGCUCUAUUUUUACCAUGGUGACCUUUAGAGAGGUCUCCCAGGCCAGCUCAAGGUGCCCGGCUCCUCUGGAGAGAAGAGGCGGGAAGAUUCCUCCUCCCACAUCCCUCUAUGCUUUUCUCCACCCCAGCUUAGGCUGCCCAGGGCAUCUUAUCUGCAGCCAGAGAAGAGCGCUAUAAGGCAAUGAUUGCCCCCAGGCCCAGGACUUGAGCCUCCAGGAAUACUCUAGGUGCCUCCAACCCAUCCAUCCCUCUUGGGCCCUUUCAUGGCAGCCCUUUCAGCGGGACAUGGAGCUUUCUGCUAGCCUGCAGCUUUACCUGAUGGCCCUGAGUUUGAGGUUGCCUGCAUGGAAAGAGGGAGAUAAAGAGUUCCUUGUUACAGCAGGGAUGCAAGCAGUGGCUAGGAUGCAUAGAGGAGCUUCUAGUAGAAAAUGGUUUGGCUCAGAUGACCUCUGAGGACUCUUCCAGUCUUGAAACGCAUUCUACAGUAUUAGGGAAGGAGGCCGUAGUUCAACCGUUUCCAGAGUUGGCUGGUGGUGCCCUCUAGAGGUUCAGAAUAUCUGCUUUAGGAUAUUAAGUGCAGGGGUGCAGGUGGGGGAGGGUUAUUGGAAUUGGCUGAGGAUCAAAGGUGCAUAGGAAACUAGGAUGUUGCUAAAGAUGAAGGACAGAGUGUUACGUGGGGUUAGGGAUAGACUUACCCUAACCCAAAAUUACUUGUUAGAUCUGGAACCCUUAAGUGAGGCUAGAGGAAGCUGGGGGUCAGGAUGUGGGUGGGGUGCUUGGAAUAAAGAAGGGAUCCCAGCGGGUGCCAAGGGUCUAAGGUUUGGGAACAAAGGCCCUGUUGGUAGGAAGAUGAGCGGGUGGUCCAGCUUGGUCAUUGAUGAGUGACCACAUUUACCAAAGAUCCCAUGUGCUUCAGGGUCCCUUGCAGUAUGGAAGAUGGGCUAAGGCCUAUUUCAGAGAAGAGACGCUGAGGCCACUGGCUAAUGCCGUGGCAUAGAGUAUCUACUUCUACCUGUAUAUCCCCAAAGAGCCAGCAGGAGGCAGCCUUAGAAAGCUGCGGUUCUGCCUGGCUGUGCCCUCAUCUCACUGCCUUCUUCCCCAGCCCUCUCCUCUAACCCACUAGAGAUUGCCUGUGUCCUGUCUCUUGCCUCCUAUAGAAUUCAGCUCUGGCCCUAAAUAAAUGCUUCCUGCAUC